AUGACUGUGAAGCCUGGACAAGCAGUUCUCCCUUUGAUUGCGAAGGCCAUGCUGCGUUUCAGACGGGGCUUUGAUGUCGGAGGCGAUCACUGCUCGUCUCACAAGAGAAGAAGAGCAAAGAAGCAAAGAGUCGACUGGCAGCUCAGUCAAAAGUGCAAUCGCUCCUGUAACGGCCGCUGCUGGGGACCGAAAGGUGACCAGUGUCAGAGCUUGACGAAGACGGUUUGUGCCGAGCAGUGUGACAGCCGUUGCUUUGGUCCCUAUAUUAAUGACUGCUGCCAUCGCGAGUGUGCAGGUGGCUGCUAUGGACCCAAAGACACAGACUGCUUUGCUUGCACCAACUUCAAUGACAGCGGGGCAUGUGUGACCCAGUGCCCCCAGCCCUUUGUCUACAACCCCACCACCUUCCAACUGGAACAUAAUCCCAGAGCAAAGUACACCUAUGGGGCCUUCUGCGUCAAAAAGUGUCCUCAUAACUUCGUGGUGGACCAUAACUCCUGUGUGAGAGCCUGUCCUAGUAAUAAGAUGGAGGUGGAGGAGAAACGCAUUAAGAUGUGCAUUCCUUGUACUGACAUCUGCCCAAAAGCGUGUGAUGGCAUCGGCACCGCCAGCCUCCAGACAGCUCAGACCGUCGACUCCAGGAACAUCGACAAGUUUGUCAACUGCACCAAAAUCAACGGCAACCUGGUGUUUCUCAUCACCGGGAUCAAAGGGGAUGUGUAUCACAACAUUGAAGCUUUGGAUCCAGAAAAACUCAAUGUAUUUCGCAGCGUUCGGGAGAUCACAGGCUUCCUGAACAUCCAGUCUUGGCCCGACAACAUGACCGACCUGAGUGUUUUCUCCAACCUGGCAACUAUUGGGGGAAGAGCGCUAUAUAGUGGCAUCUCCCUCCUGGUGCUGAAGCAGCAGAGCAUCUCGUCCCUGCAGCUCCAGUCGCUGAGAGAGAUCAGUGCCGGGAACGUCCACAUUGCAGAGAACAGCCAGCUUUGCUACUACGACACUGUGAACUGGACGAGACUGUUCCGUGCUCCAAACCAGAAGGUUCUCGUCCGCAACAACCAGAGCCCACGCAAGUGCUCCAAGGAGCGCAUGGUGUGUGACCCGCUGUGUUCCGACACCGGGUGUUGGGGUCCAGGCCCCGACCAGUGCCUCUCCUGCAGAUACUUCAGCCGUGGACGGACCUGUGUGGAUACCUGCAAUCUUUAUGAAGGGGAUAUUCGAGAAUAUGCCAACGGAUCAGUGUGUGUGGAGUGUGAUGCGCAGUGUGAACAAGCUGACGACGACUCUUUGACCUGCAACGGUCCGGGCCCCGAGCGAUGUGUGAAAUGCGUCCAUUUCAAGGAUGGUCCUAACUGUGUUGAAAAGUGUCCCGAUGGCCUGCAAGGUGCCAACAGUUUCAUCUUCAAGUAUGCAGAGUCCAAUAACGAAUGCCAUCCCUGCCACGCCAACUGCACUCAGGGGUGCAUUGGACCAAGACUGCAAGACUGUAUUGGCUGGAUGGACAGAACCCCUCUGAUCGCAGCAGGAGUGAUCGGAGGCCUCUUCUUGCUGGUGAUCAUGGCGUUAAGCGUAGCAGUGUCUAUGCGCCGGAAGAACAUCAAGAAGAAAAGAGCCCUGCGUCGCUUCCUGGAGACCGAGCUGGUGGAACCUUUGACGCCGAGUGGAACUGCGCCCAAUCAAGCCCAGCUUCGGAUUCUGAAAGAGACAGAACUCAAAAGGGUCAAGAUUCUCGGGUCCGGGGCCUUCGGGACUGUUUACAAGGGUAUUUGGAUCCCUGAGGGUGAAUCCGUGAAGAUUCCUGUCGCUGUUAAAAUCCUAAACGAGGCCACUGGACCAAAGGCUAACGUUGAGUUCAUGGACGAGGCCCUGAUCAUGGCCAGCGUGGAACACCCUCACCUUGUCCGCCUGCUGGGUGUCUGCCUGAGUCCCACCAUCCAGCUGGUCACACAACUGAUGCCCCACGGGUGCCUGCUCGACUACGUCCUUGAGCACAAGGACAACAUCGGAUCCCAGCUGUUGCUUAAUUGGUGUGUCCAGAUUGCUAAGGGGAUGAUGUAUCUGGAGGAGCGGAGGCUGGUCCACAGGGACCUGGCAGCCCGAAAUGUCCUGGUCAAAUCUCCCAACCACAUCAAGAUCACUGACUUUGGUCUCGCUCGGCUGCUGGAUGUCAAUGAGAAGGAGUAUAAUGCUGAUGGAGGAAAGAUGCCAAUCAAAUGGAUGGCACUGGAGUGUAUCCAUUACAGGAAGUUUACUCAUCAGAGUGACGUUUGGAGUUACGGGGUAACCAUCUGGGAGGUGAUGACCUUUGGUGGGAAGCCGUACGAUGGGAUUUCCACCAGAGAUAUCCCGGACCUGCUCGAGAAAGGAGAACGCCUCCCUCAGCCUCCCAUUUGCACCAUUGACGUCUACAUGGUCAUGGUCAAAUGCUGGAUGAUCGAUGCAGAUAGUCGGCCCAAGUUCAAGGAGCUGGCUGCAGAGUUCACUCGGAUGGCUCGAGAUCCCCAAAGAUACUUGGUCAUCCAGGGUGACGACCACAUGAAGUUGCCCAGCCCCGACGACAGCAAGUUCUUCCAGAGCCUCCUGGAUGAGGAGGAGCUGGAGGACCUAAUGGAUGCUGAAGAGUACCUGGUGCCCCACUCCUUCAACAUUCCACCACUGGCAUACACUCCACGCACACACAUGGACUCCAACAAGAACCAGUACAGCUACCAGGACCACAGUUUCAACAUGGAAGAAAUGCUGGCCAACCUUCCCAGAGUGCUCUCUGUUCCACCUGUGCCUGGAGGUUGCCUCCCACCACAGGACCUGCCCUCAGGAUUUAGCCGUGGCAACCAGGAUGACCCUCGCUGCAAUGGAACCAUGAGGAAGCAGGCCUCGCCGAGGUCAAGUACCCUUGGACCUUGUUCAGCUCUCGCUCCAGGACCUGGUGGGAGUGAGGACAGUAGUGGACAGCGUUACAGUGCUGAUCCCACCGGUCUCUUAGCAGAGCGAGGAGUAAAAGGAGACAAGGACCAGGACGGCUACAUGACUGCCAUGAGAGACAAGAACAGCUCAGACUAUCUCAACCCGAUAGAGGAAAACCCCUUUGUCACACGUCGUAGGAAUGGCGAAGCCCACUCAGCGGUUGAUGGGGCGGGUUGCCACACCCUGCACAUGGCUGGAGCUGCCGCUGCCCCGAAGUCCAUUCACGGGGACGACGAGUAUAUCAACGAGCCCCUGUACCUGAAUACCUUCCUUAACCCCGGAGACAAGAAUGGAUUGGCUGGCGCAGUGUCCAUCCCUGGCCCGGGGUCCUCUGCUGCCCAGUCAGUAUCGCAGAAAGUAAUCCCAUCAACAUCAGGCCACACAGUGUCCUCUUCUGGAUACGUACUUCCCCCUGGCCUCCCUCACCCAUCGUAUCCAUCACAUACCAUGCAUUCGGGGCAUUCGGGACACGCUUUGCACCCAGGCGUCACCAGCAGCACAAUCAUGUUUGAUAAGAAGGGCAAGAAGGCUACGUUUGACAAUCCCGAAUACUGGCAGCACAGCCUGCCCCCAAAGUCCUCCCUGCACAACCCUGAGUACCUGCAGGACUGCAGCACGCGCUUUUUCUAUCGGCAGAAUGGACGCAUUCGCCCUGCUGUGGCCGAAAACCAGGAGUACUUGUCCGAGGCCGCUAUGAAAGCUGGCAAUGUGUUGCCACCCCCUCCAUACAGACAGAGGAACACUGUGGUGUAGAGACCAACCUGUAGCACAAUAGAAGCAAAGGGGUCACGAUGAAUGCGGGGUUCAACCGUCCUCUCCUUUCCGUGCAGUACAUCUCAAUCUGGGGUUCCCUUGGACCCUCCCUGUUAUGUCUGAUGGCAAGUCUUUCAGACUUACUCUAAGGUUUUGCCUUCUCUUGACCGGACUAUAAUAACAGUCACUGACAGCCUCACUUUAAAAAAGAACGUACUUUUUAGCACCAUAUUUAACCAUGGAACCAAGUCGUGAUUUCUCUUUGUCAAUGUUUUCUUCUGCAGCAUAUUGUCCUGCCAUGUUAAGUAUCAAAAUAUCACUAAAAAGACAGAAAUUAAAUAAAACUUUUUUUUUUCUUUAUCCCCAAAUCAGGAUUAUUACUAUUGCGUUACAUGGUUUUCUUUAUAAACCCAUCAAUUAGUCCUUUUAGCGUAUAAAUAAAUGUACCAUUGCAGUCUGCACAUUGCUAUUGCUUUAGUCAAAUUAAUGGUUACAUCAGGAAUCGGCAACAUUUAUUGCUAAAAUGUAUUGGACGUACAAAGAAUUUGACAUGGCGGUCGGUGUCGUGACUUAGCAGCAAACCCACAGCAGUCUUGCCGAAGAUCCCAGUUGUGGCUUGCAUGCUCUCCCACACACUUCUUUUACUUUUACAUGUUACUGCACUAGUAAUGUAAUUCAAACAUGCAUUACUCCCUUCUCAUAUAAUGAGACAAGCCUUCAGCCUUGAAACACCAAUAACCUCCAUGCGUUAGGUCAUGAGUAAAUACAGCAUGUAUGUCCACAGCAAUGGACAAGCUUGCUAGCACUCAAUUGACCUUGUGCUGGGAGAUUGUGAGUUUCGAUAAUGGCACUCAGUGUUCAGGGAAGGGGUCAACAGGAAAAUAAAUGUCACCGCAGUAUUAUGUAAAGCUGUGGUAUCAGCCAGUACCUCGGGGAACGCAUUGGGCUGGCUGGGGUUUGAUUUAAAAGGUUGAUCACACACAAGAUGAUCCUUUACGUCCCGUGUUGUUCCUGUUCCACUUUCAUUCACACAAAUCUGAUCCAAAGUGAAAGAAAAUAAUCCACUUCAAUGUUACCUUUAUACGAUCGUUUUAACCAGCAUUUUGAUUGACGUGAAAAAUGUUUUAAUAGAACUGGUACUUGUAGAUAUUUUAACCAACACUAAUCUCUCUCACGCAAACAGCACCGGACCUCCCUGCAGAGCAGUAAAUACGCAAAUUACAAUUACCAAACAGAUACAAUGGUGGAAAAAGGCUCUGUGAGCUGAGCUGUGACUGGAACAACAGACGAGGAGAAAAAUGUUUGCACCUCCCAUAUUAUUACAACGUGAAAAUAGAAAAUAAACUUUGACCAUGCACUUAUGACUGCAAGAACCAUCUCUUAAUAUAAAGGUGCAACAGGAGAGGCUGUCAAAACUGUCGAAGGAAGCCUCUUGACACAAUAUUAUAAAAUGGGGUAAUGGAUUUAAUACUUGCAUCUGACAUUGAUGUUGUUGAUGAGACAUUACAAGGUACCACUGGAUUAACUGAUGGCUAGCUUUCUGUACUCGUACAACACUGCCAGAUGCCACUGAAAGCUCGGAUGGAGAUCCCUAGCAUCUGUUAUCAAAGGACUGAAGCCUAAUUCAGGAUGGGUUUGAUAAGUAGCUCUUACAUAACCAAAAACCUUGCAGUUCUACAAACUCUAAGCAGCAUUUUGUCUUUUUAUUGUUUCAUCAUGUUGCCAUUUCAUUAAUUUACAAUGAGCUGCUCCGGCCUCAUCAGUUUCAAAAGGCAUUUUACAAAGCAUCCCUAAUCCAAACAAUAUAAUAAUAGUGAAAGGUUGGGUUUGGAGAUACAAAAAGAUAAGUCAGGGAUAGAAAUUUGUCAAUUUUUAAAUACCCUUUAUACGCAGUGAGUUAUCCCUUUGAUAGCUCUAAUUGAAUGACUACAGUAGGCCGAUUUACCGGAUUCUUGCAUCAACUUGAUGAAAUACCUUGAUAUUUAAAGUUGUUGUUAGAGUAUUUAAUCAUUGACUGAAUAAGCAUUCCAGCAAGUUAGCACUCCACCUAUAUAAAGUCUGGAUUCCUCUAAAAAGAGAAUGUUUGGGGACACGAAAGAGAUCAAUAUUUAAGGGCCAAAGAACCAGACUAACAGGCUCAUGUACGCUUUUGCGCCCACUUUAGGCGUAUUGCCUGUAAAGGUGCGCCUCCUCUUAAAAGAAGAUGUAAACCAGAAUGCGGGUUUCCUUGCAUAUGCCGAUGACGUUGCAUCUCCCACUCAGUGUUCACAUUCCACUUCAGCAUUUGUUAAACUCCUCCCUGUGCUACACUUAUUGGCACCAGGAUCAUUUCAAACAGUCAUCGCAUCAGCAGUGGGAGUAUCGCUGUCUGCACUCAGCCGAAUCAAAGCACAAGUACUUAACACUUCGUCAUACAUGCAUUUCCCCACCACUAAUGCCCAAAUAACGCAUCAACAUUGUUGUCACUGAAAAUCGUUUUCGCUGUUUUGACUUUGGCCCCCUCCACGAUAGAAAGAGAGAAGCAGGUCCAUUCAAUUCUGCAUUUAAAUACUUGAAAUGUGCGGUACAGUGGGCGGAGCAAGGCGCUGAUGACCCGAUGAGCAGGCUGAUAACACUACGUUUGCAAAUGUACGUACAUAGGCCCUAAGUCUCUACUGCGGGAAAAACUCUAAAAACACAAAGCCCAACAAUCCCCAUAAUGCACCUUAAUCACAAUCAAUGCAGCUGUUUUUUUUGUUGCUUUUUUUCUCGUCAACGCCACACCUUCAGUUUGUAGUGGAGGCUUUUUGUGAAAAUGUCAAGCCCCGGAAGCUAUCACCCCAAUAACAUAAUACCUGGGUUAUUUUCCCAGACUUUGAAAGGACCUUUCUAGAGCUUCAGAAGACUUUUUAUUCACAAGCUGAGUAGUGACGGUCAAAAUGAACUUCCUGGAGUAAAUUGCUGGAGUACCCAUUACCUCAAUUGAAAAUUGAAGGAGAAAAUGGACUUUAAUAUAAUUGACAUUACAGUGAUAAUAAUGUCAAAAUGCCAACUUUUUGUUUUUCUAAGUCAAUAUCUCUGAUAUUCUGAAUAAUAGGAGAUACUUUCAUGAAUUAGGAGACUGCCUGAUGCCUGUGCAUGUCUCACUGCUGAAAUACCAAUCCACUGUUACACAACCUUGUGUUCAGCCAAGCAGCGUUGAUGAUAUACUUUCUAAAACACAGUGUUUUCUCCCACUCUCAGGUUUUAUGAGGAACAAUAUUCAUCUAGUUGAGCUUCACCUGAUGAAGAAAUUCAAACCUAGAUUGAUUGGUGUCAUCACAGCAGACACACUGCUGAAAUGUGCAGCUCAACAGAAAUGUGAAUUCUAUAAGUGGGGGUGGCCUUCGUUUGAGUGUUAAGUAAUAUUGACAUUGCUUUGCUGCUAACUUACUUUUGCAACACUCGAUCUGUCCUGUUACUGUAUCUGAGAUCUUUAAAAAUAUCUUGAAUCUGGCUGAAUUGGAAAACACCCUUACAGUAGGUAUACUUGUCUUUGCUCGAAUGUGUGCCAGCGUCCAUUAUGGCCGCACGGUAGUGCAAUGACCGAAGUCACCCAAAGGCUUUGUAAUGGAUCUCUAUGGAAAAAUAAAGCCUAUCUUCUGAAGGAGAAAACCUGCUAGAGCUCUUAGCCGGUGAGCAUCGCAAGGGGCUCUUAGCCUUUGGAAUGCUAAUUGAUCCACUUUCCCUAUUUGAUCUGUGGGGAAAUCAUGUUACCCAACAUUUCACCCAGUGCACCAGCUGAGAAACCGUAAAUGAAAGGCAAUAGGUUGUAAUCUUGCAGGGGGGGGGCGGGAAACUAAGGUAUUAGCAUUCCAGAAAUGUUACCCGACCAAUGCAUCAAUGUUACAAAAGCUAACAGGGGAGAAGGUGCAAGUGCACUGUAACUGGCAGAUGAGACCAGAGUAGAUUGCCAUUCCUUCUUUCUCCUCAGAGGGGAUUUUAGAAUCACUAGAGCCCUUUUCCCAGCAACCAUUUUGAUUAAUAUAUAUAUAUAUAUAUAUAUAUAUAUAUUCAGUGUCACAGCCUUUCCAGUGAGCCAGUAUGCACACGUACUGCAUGCAAAUGGAACUGGGCCACAUUUAUUAUGAUUUCCACCUGUGUUUGCACUUAAAUGACAUAGUUGUUUUAAAAAUGACCUAUAUUUCACUAUCAAUACAGUACGUUUGCCCUUCAGAAGAACUAAAGUACAGACUAAAUCUGCACAUCAUUGCAAAACAUGACUUGACUAAAAUGAUUAAAGCAAAAGUUGCAUUGAGGUGAUCCUCGUCAACUUUAAGCGUCUGCAAGUUUUGUACCAAGCAUUGCCUUCAAACUGCCUACGACAUUUAAAUACCAUUUAUAAAUGGGUUGGAGUGGGAGAGGUUUCAUGAAUCCUGACUGAAGAGAAGGAUUUGAUAUUUCACAUCAACAUAUGGGAACAAGUGGCAAGUUGAACGAGUUUAAAAUUUAUGAUUUUCAAGUUUCUAUUUAUAACCCCUUGGAACAUAUUAAUGCUGCAAACAAGAUCGAACAAUGGACUUCAUUUAUUUUCUUAGUUAUUUAGACCAGUUCAUGUUGUUUGAUUUAUAUCUGAGAAGCAGAAACUACGAGCUUUAGUCGGCGAGGUGUUCCUUACCAGGAAGGUUAAAAACAGACUCAACUGUCCACAUUCGAUUGUGGGAUUUUGAGGACUCUAGAAGAUAAACCAGUUGUGUCCUCCAAAGCAAAGACAAACUUCAUGCUUAGUCCUAUUUUAGUGGGGCCUUUGAAUGGUACAAUCCCUUGAUGGACUUUUAAGAUGCAUCUGACCCAGAAAUGAGGACUAAGAAGGUCCAGCUCCUGAACUGGGACACAGAUGUUGCAUUUAUAGAUUGUGCUCUAUUUCAUGUUUGUAUGCUUUCAUUAUUCAUAACACGAACUUUUUCACAGCAUUGAUAAUAUCAAUAUACUUUCGGUCAAUACAUCAUCAAGCAAAUCACAUGUUUUUAAAGGACCGUAAUGCAGCAGACAAACACAAGUACUACCAUUGUAACAAUUAAACUUCACAAGAGUUAUGUGCACAUAUUUCACCUUGCCAUAAAAACUGGCGUAGGUGAUGGCGGUUGAGUAAGCACAGUUUACAAUAUAAUGAAUUGAUGGUAAAACUGUAACCAAAAGACAUAGAUGUUCAGAUAAUAGGUCAGUUUUACCAUUGUUAGAAGUGAAAAAAUGAAAUAAAGGUGAAAGUAUUUUUAUAGGUGGGUAAAGGGAGGCCAGGUACAUCUGUAAAUAAGAGAGAUGCUUCUUUUUCAAGCUGAGGAUAUUUUUUCUUUUUUUUUUCUUUUUGCAUCAUUGCAAUCUUAGUGCUCCACUGUAUGUUUAUACAUGUUUGAAGGGAAUAUCUUUGUCUGUCUCUGUAUGUAUAUAAAUAUGUAUAUAUUCAGCAAAUAUACAGUAAUAUAUAUAUAUCUAUGUAUGUAUAUAUAUAUAUAUAUAUAAAUAUAUAUAUACACAUACACACACAUAUAUAUAAAUGUAUAUAUAUAUAUUUUGUAAAUGUAAUUGGAAGAAUGAACUCUGAUUUGAAAAAGGCUUGCAGGGUCUCGUCACCCUGCUUCAUCAUUUUCCUUGUGAUUGUGUGCCUGUGUUCUGACCUCUGCUCUUGCUCACUUUGUAGGAGGGAUUUUUUUUAUUUUUUUCGGGUGUAUUAUACCUCCCCUUCUCUUUUCUCACAGUAUUAUCCAUCUCCUCUUGAGAUUUUUUGAAAGAUUUUGUACACUCUUAAAAUGCUGUUGCAAUACUAAUGAAUAUUCAAUAUUUCACCCCCCUUUUUGCGUAGAGCCUUUCUUAACCAAUGUUAUUAAUCCACCAGUGUCACUUUACACCAUGUGUUUUGAGGACCUAUACUAUAUUUCCUUGAGUAGUUUGAAUAGUUCCAUUUGCACUGAGCUCAGUCACUGUUUGAUAUUCAGCUCUUCAUCCAUUUGAGGCAAUACUCAUUGAAAGGAGUAGCAAUAUCACGUUACAGCCCCCAGAGGGAUUUAAUGGUGUUUGAGGGACAAAGUGCAAAUAGUUUUGCAUGGGCUGGAUUGAUCGUGUGAGUUACUGAUAUUUGCUUGUAAAGAGGUUUGUACAUUCUCUUGUUUUUUGUCACCUUACCUAAUAUCUGUUCUGAGGAUUGACACCAAAAUGAUCUUUGUGUCCUCAUCAAGCAGUUCGUCACGAUACAGAUGCUGAUUUACUGAGGCGGCAUGGUUUGUUAAAUUUAUGAUUUAAACCUAUCAGGGUUUUAAAGAUUCUUAAUUUGAAUAUUAAAAUUGAUAUAUCAAUUGUAGAAGACUCAUGCCUAACCUGCUUUAAAAAAAUGAACGACUUUACUGAAAACUACAAUUUUGUUCUCAAUAGUUAAGAUUUUAACCAGCAACAACUUUGGAUCGUUUUUUGUCAUCAUUUUUGUAUAUGACUUUUCAGCAACAGAAUACUAUGAACCCAAUGUACAUUUACCAUUGGACAGUUUAUGGUUAUUUGCACAGAUCAUUUCGGCACCAAUCCCGUUAUUUACAAUAUGCAUCAUUUCCACAUUCAUAAAGUGGACAGUUUGGCAAGCUUCUCAAAAGUCAGUGCAUUUGUUUUAAAGUACAUUAAAAUUUGUUGGAAACAAUAUUCUAACAUGAAAAUGUAUAGUAAAUUAUCAUUGCGUUGUAUAAGAAUGACUGAGAAAAAAGUUUUAUAGACCAUACCUCGUCACGUAUUACCAUUUUUUAAAUAUUGUGUUAGCUGGUUAAUUGAUACAUUUCCCAAGCAAGAACAUUUAAAUACGUAUUCCCUCUGUUUUGUUACAUGAAUCUGUCAAAACUAUAUUUUUAAUUCAAAAUGAAUAAAGAUCAGUCAAUAUUUAAAGUUG